AUGCUGGCAGGGGAGCUGCGAGUGCGCGGCGUGGAGGGUGGCCAGCUCUUCGAAUGCGUGGAAAACAUCCGGUGUGAGAUGGACAUUCUGGGCUUCGACCUUACGACCUUCCAUGCCAUCCAGGCUGUGCCACUGAAUGGUACUUGCGGGGAGACGGACGCGGUGUCCGAGAUCAACGUCUUCAACCCAAACGUCAUGGUCACUGGCGAGGUCGGCGCUGGCAAUCUUUCCACCCGCCGCUUUGUGUACGACCAGGUGACGGUGCCGCAACGGUACAAGAUCUGCUACUGCAUGUUGGCUUCCUGUGACAACGCGACCCACUUCACAGAGGAGGUGGGCAUCCUGGUCGUUAAGGGCGUCGAGAAGCUUCGCUAUGCGAGGACAUGCUCUUUGGGUGCCUUGGCUUUGUGCGGAUCAUUGUACUUCAGGGGUAGGGGUGUUGAAUGA